UCGUGUGUUUAUGUUAAAUGUACUGUGUAUAAUGACGACGACAAGAUGUCACAAUGUUUUUAAAAGGCAAGAGGCUCGACAAUGAAACCUUGAUGUUUCGAAACUAGUCGCCAUAGACUUAUUUUAGGAUUGACGACGUAAGUGCUGUGACAUGUUUGCCGAGAUCCAAAGAGCUACUUCAGGGGCUGUGUUAUGUUUUCUUCUUCUUGCCGGGACCCUUGCGGCUACAAAUGUUCAAGGACAAAUAGAAGACCCUGAAUUCGUUGAUCAAAUUGAAAACAUCACAGUACCAGCAGGAAGAAGUGUGAAAUUGGCCUGCACAGUUAAAAACCUCGGGUCAUAUAAGGUAGCCUGGAUGCACUUUGAGCAGUCGGCCAUCUUGACAGUCCACAGUCACGUGAUCACGAGGAACCCCAGGAUCUCGGUGACACACGACAAACACAGGACGUGGUUCCUUCACAUCAGCAACGUUCAGGAGGAGGACAAAGGACGAUACAUGUGUCAGAUAAAUACAGUCACUGCCAAGACUCAGUUUGGAUACCUACACGUGGUUGUUCCUCCCAACAUCGACGACUCCCUGAGCAGUUCUGACGUCAUCGUUAGAGAAAACUCCAAUGUGACCUUGACCUGCCACGCCACAGGGUCACCUCCACCCAGCAUCAAGUGGAAGAGGGACGACGGCAGCAAGAUCAACAUCAACAAGACGCUUAUAGUGUCCGAAUGGGAGGGAGAGAUUCUGGAGAUUUCCAAGAUCAGCCGCUUAGACAUGGGUGCCUACCUCUGUAUAGCCUCCAACAGUGUGCCUCCUUCAGUCAGCAAGCGGAUAAAAGUCAGCGUAGACUUUCCUCCUAUGCUGUGGAUCCCUCAUCAGCUGGUCGGAGUUCCCCCGGGAUACAACGUAACUCUGGAGUGCCACACGGAGGCGCAUCCUACUUCACUCAACUACUGGACGAGGAAGGAUAACCAUAUGAUCCACGACAGUAGGAAAUACAAGGCGGAGACGAGCCAAGGAUCGCCAAGUUAUAAAACUCACAUGAGACUCACCAUAUACAACAUACAAGAGCAGGACUACGGGGCCUACAAAUGUGUGGCCAAGAACCCAAGAGGCGAAACUGACGGCUCCAUCAGACUAUACAACUCUGGUCCGCCAUCAACUACACCAGCGCCCUCUACGGAGCCACCAGCCCCGCCCGUGUUAGAUCCUAAGGGAGAAAUCAAGGAUGGUGACAUGAACAACUCAAUCAAUCCGUAUCCUGCUAAAAAUGACAAAGGCAACAAGUACCAGUCUAGUCUGAAUGAAAUCGACAAAUCUGAACAGAAAUCACAAGAAUCACCCGCAAAAGGCACACACUAUGAUUGGCCAGAAAACAAACAAAUAGGAGGGGCAGGCAGACAGGAGGCGCAUGUAGCUUUGCUCGUCCUGUCAUCGCUGAAUAUACUCUGGCUAGCGGAACUGCUGCGGAGAUAAGUCACGUGGAGUUGUGGCGCCGUCCGCCAGGAGCGCUAGGCGACACACCGACUGACACAGUGUUGCCGUUGUGUGUACAGUGUUGCCAGACUGACUCGAGUCAUAUAUCAUAUAGAGCAAUAGGAACUGCAGUUUUGUAUAUGGACACGUUGUUGUGUAAUAUAUAAUCUAGGCUUGUUAAGUUUUGAACUGUUCAAAACAAUAUCAUUUGUAUACGUUGACAGCGGUGUACUCUUACGUAUUCUCCUGCAGACAAGAGCUAUGAUUUUUGUUUCUAUGAUAAAAC